UAUCGAGCUGCAAUGACGGUGGUGGUUGCUCAUUUCUAGGGCCAUGUGUGCUAUUUUGAUGACAAAAGUGGCCUGAAUGUGAGGCCGCUGUGGAAGUAAACGCUGGAACAGGAUGAGUAAAGUGAAAAUGGAGGAGAGCAUCAUGUCAUACCUGUCACAGAGCGAGACUGACACCAGCCCCAAAGACUUGAAUGUAGUUGCCAUGCUCCAUAACUUCUGGGAGCAGAGGCAGAUGAGUCCAUUAAAUGGUUCCUCCAGUGAAUCAGAUGGUUCUGUUGGGGACGCAGCCAUCCAGACAGAGAGCUUGCUGCUGUACGAGUCUGCACCUUCCCCUGGUCCACCAUAUGUCUGCUACGUCACCCUGCCUGGAGGAAGCUGCUUUGGCAAUUUUAAGGUGUGUGACACUCAGGCAGAGGCUCGGAGGGAUGCAGCCCGUGUGGCUCUGAUGAACUCGCUUGUAAACGAGCUGCCGUGUCGGCGCAUCAACCCUCAGUUCAUCACUCAGAGUUUGCAGCAGGCAGCCACAGACAGUGCUGUGAGUGUCUCUAUAGAAGAUUCAUGUGAUUCAAGCACCAGUAUAGGGACCUACAGUUUGCUGCUCCACUCCUACAUGGGAAGGACCAUGCUGGAGUUCCAGGAGAUGAUGACAGUUUUUCAGUUAUUGCACUGGAACGGGACACUGAAGGCUCUGAGGGAAAGGCAGUGCUCUCGACAGAGUGUGAUUUCAUAUUACUCCCAGCGAGGACUUGAUGAGUACAUGCGCAGCAGCUUGGCUCUGGAUUGGCUCGGGCGGGAGCAGAGGUCACCUGGGCGACUCGGGGAGGAGCUGCAGGUGGCACAGAGGGAGCUGGUGUUAGCCCGGCGCCGAGGCACAGAGCUGCGCUUCUACAAGGAGAAGACAGAGAUCCUCAGCUUGGCUCUGAGUCAGGCUUGCAUUCACCACACACCUGAGGCUUUCAACCAGGUGCUAAGUCACACAUACAAGCUAGAACAACUUCCUUUACACACAUUAUGCAGCCAGGGCACAGAAAUCCAGAUAACCCCACCCUGCAGUCCUUCACCAACCCUCCAUAAAAACACAAAGCAAACAGUCCAUCAAACCUCUGGCAAACACACACCCUCCAACAGUCCUUCAACGUGCUCACAGCAGACUUAUGUGCCUUUAAAUACCUUUGGAUAGACUGAAGCAGAAAGCACAGGACAGACAAUAAAAGUUGUCAUUUGACUCUGUGAAUAAGCUAAAAGUCUGCCACUCAAAAUGUGAUAUCUCUUUGGGAGAAAAAGAAAAUAUCCAUCAUGGUCACGGUCUUUAGGUUUUGUAAGAGUUCUGUAACUGCGAGAGUUGUACAAAUGUGUUAAUUUGUGUAUUAAUAAUACUCUGACCAUAUUAACACUCUUUUGUGACUAUACAUAAAGAUGCAUCUGUAACCACAAGAAAUACAGCAUUCAAAUGAUUUAUAUCAAUCAGCAGGAAGUUUAGUUGAAUUGUAGCAGUGACCAUCUAUCUAUUUUUGUAUGAAGAGCAUUGUACUUUAAUGCCUUAGUUUUUAUGUAUGUUCAAUUAAGUAGUCUUUUUGAGAAGUAUAUUAUGAUACAUUUUUUAAUGAUUUAAAUGAUAUAGCUUACAAACUGCUUCACAUACCAGCAACUCAGUCAGUACUCCUCUAUGCUUCACUCUUCCUGUCUCCUUCUCUGUCUAGCAUGUCAACUGUCGUUUCAACUUUCUCAAUGGAAAUUACUUGCCAGAGCAACUCAGAAUACCGACUUACGUGUCUGUGACAUGUUGGCUGGAUGCUAUGAGACAGAGAGUCUGUUAGGAGUGUGACACACAUUUAUUUGACAAAUAUCAGUGAGUAGCUUUUAUGUCUGUACGUAUC